AUGCCUGCAGCUCUUUCAAUAUGCCUCUUGGCGGCCUUGAGUGCCAACCAUUCUGCGCUGGUUACCCCUAGCUCCUCCGACUAUAACAGCAGUCUCGCCAUCUAUAACCUAAACCUGCCCAUCUAUCCAGCUGCUGUCACAUACCCAAGUAGCACAGAGGAAGUUGCGGCCAUUGUGAAAUGCGCUGCCGAAGGAAACUACAAGGUGCAGGCCAAAAGUGGCGGCCACAGCUACGGCAACUACGGCUGGGGCGGCGAGAGUGGAGAGAUUGUUAUCAACCUGGCCAACCUCGACGGAUAUUCUUACGACGACUCAACUGGCUAUGCUACCGUUGGUGCCGGCUCUCGGCUGGGACCUGUCACCACCGCAUUGUACAACUCUGGAAAACGUGCUAUUGCCCACGGCUCAUGCCCUGAUGUCGGUAUAGGAGGUCACGCCACCAUUGGUGGUGUUGGUCCGACCUCGAGACAGUGGGGAGCAACCAUCGACCACGUUGUAUCCGCCACUGUUGUUCUCGCCAAUGGACGAAUCGCUACCGUAUCAGAGACCGAGAACCCCGAUCUGUUCUGGGCGCUGAAGGGAGCUGGAUUUAGCUAUUUUGUGGUCACAGAAUUCGUUUUCAAAACGGAAGCUGCUCCAGUCGGAGGUGUUUCUUACACAUAUGCUUUUCAAGGCCUCAACGCCAGCGCUCAAUCUCAAGUUUUCAAGGAUUUCCAGACAUUUAUCUCCAAUCCUGACUUGUCCUGGGAACUGUAUAUCAUGAUGGUUGGUCUCCCUGAGGUACUUGAAAUCACUGGUGCCUUCUUCGGCUCCUUGGAUGACUUCAAUGCCCUUGGAUUAGAACAAUCGUUCAGUAUCCCGCCCGCUGCAAACGUCACAGUUAUCCCCAACUGGCUUGAUAUGGUUGCCAUAUGGGCCACCGAGUCCGAGACCGCUGAGGAGCCGGCCUACUUCUACGCCAAGUCUUUGGACAUCCUGCCCGAUGCCCUCCUCUCCAAUGACACCAUUGACUCUAUGUUUGAAUACCUCACUACGACCCCUGACGACGCGUUGACGUACGAGCUCGAAGUGCAAUUAGUGUCCGGCGCUAUGGCAGAAAUUGCUAGCAACGCUACGGCUUUCCCACACCGUGAUGUCUUGUACUGGAUCUUCGCUUAUGCAUCGACGAAUGGUACAGUUUCUGAAACCACGAUCGACUUUCUGGAUGGUUUCAACAAUGUCAUUUACGAUGCAUUCCCCAACGAGACUUUCUAUGCCUAUGCUGGCUACGUUGAUCCUCUCCUUACGAAUGGACCGGAGCUGUACUGGGCUGACAAUUUGCCCAGGUUGGAAGAGAUUAAGAAAGAGUGGGAUCCUCGUGAUGUAUUCCACAACCCUCAAACUGUCCCCGUUGGAGAAGGAUCUUCAGGAGAAUGUUGA